GUCGUCCUCCUCUCUGCUAUGGGCCGCAGGAAGCAAGAAACGGAGGAAGAGGAAGAAAGUGAAUAUGAAUACGAGUAUGAGGAGGAAACGAUGUCGGACAGCGCCGAGAGUGACCGUGCCAAGAAGGCGCGGGAGACCAAGAAAGAAGCGCGGGACCGAGAUCGGGAUCGAGGAAAGAAGAGGUCGCGAGAUCGAGAAAAAGGAGAUCGAGACAAAGAAAAAAGCCGCGGCAGAAGUCGUGAAAGAGAUCGCCGCAGGCGGUCUCGGACUCGUAGCGCCUCGAGAGAUGAGAAUCGUAUUCCAUCUCCAACGUAUUCCUCAGAGGACCUAUGGCGCAGGCUUCAGCACCUGGGGACCUGGAAAGGACUAG